AUGUCUGACAAGAAACUGGAUCGUGAGCGGAAUGAUGAAUCCGGGAUUUACCUUCACGUGUCCGCAAUUAUCUUUGCUUUGGUGUGUGUGGCCGUGAUGGUGGCUGCGGUAGGAUUACUGGCUGGGUUUUUACCUGAUCGGACCUGCCAAAAUGAAAGUUUUCCAACCAAAGGACCAACCUAUGAUGUUACAACUGAGGGUUCAAAUGAUCCACUGACCACCACAGAUCCCAAUACCAUCUGGAAGGACCCCCGGCUACCAGACACCUUCGUCCCACUGCACUACGACUUGGAGAUGAAGACCGAUCUGAAUAACUUCGUCUUCGACGGUAAGGUGACCGUGACAGUCUUGUGUAUGAAGGCUACAAACCUCCUGGUGCUCAACAGCAAUAAACUGCAAAUCCCCCACACAGGAGGCGUGGAAAUCCUCCCUGAAAGCAGAGGUGGGAUACCAAGUAUCAUAAGAGUCAGCGUUGACGAGGCGAAUCAAUACCUGAACGUGGUGUUCGAUAACAAUCUAGAAGAGAAUCGAGAAUAUAGGGUUUUGGUCAGGUGGCUUGCCGUGACGUUCUUCUCCCCCACGAAUGCUCGCAUGGCCUUUCCUUGCUUCGAUGACCCCGGGCUUAAAGCAAAUCUGACUCUGACGAUGAUCCAUCCUGAAGACUACACGGCUCUCGGUAACAUGCCGGCAGAGGGCGCUCCAACCAGCCCGGACCCAGACGGGUUUGUGACCACACGGUUCGCUACUUCACCGAAGAUAUCUACAUAUUUAGUGUGCUUCGCUGUACUAGAUUUCCCGUCGAUAGAGAUCACAUCAAAGCACAACAUUUCAAUUCGCGGUUGGGCACGUCCGGACGCUACUGAUUCUUUGCAAUACGGCUUGAAUAUGACAGCACGCACAUUAGAUUUCUACAUUGAGCACAUCGGAAUGGACUUCCCCCUCCCAAAAAUAGACGUUGUAGCGGUUCCUGAUUUUGAGGCAAGCGCCAUGGAAAAUUGGGGUUUGAUCACGUAUCGGGAAACAGCUCUGCUCAACACAGCAAGCACGACUUCACAAAGGACAACUGGGAGUCAAGGUUUUACCAUCGCUCACGAGAUGGGACAUCAGCAAGACCUGUUUGUGAUUGAACGUGUAACUACGGCUAUGUCUACGGACGCUUUACCAAACGCUAGACCAGUACAGAAGGAUGUAGCCACGCUCGCCGACAUAGCUGCUUCGUUUGAUCGGGCUAUCACGUAUAAAAUUGAUCAUGUGAUUGACGAAACGAACGCUGAUUGGCUGUUGAUCAAUCCAGAUCGGUUCGGCUAUUACCGCGUAAACUAUGACUCUGAUAAUUGGCAGCGUCUUGUUAACCAACUGCUGUCAAACCACACAGUGUUUUCAGUGAGCAGUCGAGCCACGCUUAUUGACGAUUCCUUCACUUUGGCGAGAGCCGGUAAACUCGGUUAUUCGGUCGCGUUGGAAAUUACGAGAUAUUUAGAGAAUGAAAAGGACUACGUUCCCUGGGCAGCAAGCCAGGGUGUUAUGUCGUAUCUCGACCAACUUUUAAUCACUACUGGAGCGUAUGGUUCUUUCAUUAAAUACAUGAGAAACCAAAUCAGAACAUUGUACAAAUCCUUUGGAUGGACAGACGGGGAAUCGCAUCUAGAAAUAAUUCCAAUUAACCAGAAACAAACUGUGUACUGUACGGCGAUCGCGACAGGGAGGACCGAGGAAUUUGAUUUCGCUCUCCGCCAAUACCUGAACACGACUGACGCAGCCCAACGAUCAGCUCUUCUCAUGUCGCUAGCCUGUACUCGUCAGAGCUGGCAACUCAACACUUUAUUAUACUACACCAUAGACUCUGCUGUGACCAUUAAGGCGCAAGAUGUACCUGCAACCAUUACGGCUGUUGCAGCCAACCCCAUCGGUGCUUCUCUAGCCUGGGACUUCUUCCGAGCAAACUACGAGCUAUUCCUGGACAGAUUUGGAGACAGCUUGUUUCAUUUCGGAAGAAUUGUUCAAGGAGUGACCAAACCAUUCACUUCAGAGUUCCAUCUUCAAGAGCUUGAGAAGUUUAUAGCAGAGCAUCCUGAUCAGGGGACUGGAGCAGCUGCCUUUGCUCAGGCUGUGGAAGAGAUUCAAAGCAACGUACGUUGGAUGGAAUCCCAUUAUGACGAGGUCAAGACUUGGCUGGAUGAGAGCGUUGCUACAUAA